AUGGAGGGUGUUGGUGUAGAGCUGACCGACGACGUGGUUCGCUCUUAUAGCGUCGCGCGCAAUUUUGCUCCACAGGAGGAUGAGGACCCAAACGUGGUGAUCACGUCGCUCGACUUCCAUCGCAACGGCGAGCGAUGUGUCACGAGUCGCAGCGACGGUGUCAUGUCUAUGAUCAACUGUCUAAGUGGCACAGUUGCCAAAACAAUUUUAACCAAGCGAUAUGGCAUAGGAAUUGUGAGAUUCACACAUCACUUGGAUUGUGUAGUCUUCUCAUCAGCGAAUGCUGCCAAUGACCACCGUCUCCGAUAUCACUCGUUCUUCGACAAUCAAUUCCUGCGGUAUUACACUGGUCACACAGACAGAGUCACGUCGUUGAUGAUGCACCCAACUGCAGACCAAUUCAUCUCCGCUAGUUUGGAUGGCACAGUUCGGCUUUGGGAUAUCCGCAGUUCUGACACUUCAGCUAUCAUUCGAAUUGAACGUGUGCCAGCCUCGCAUGUUUGCGCUGCUUAUGACCAAGAAGGUGUGGUGUUCGGUGUGUACACUGAUGACCACUUAAUUCGAAUGUACGACGCACGAAAUUAUCAAGAAGGACCUUUUGCCAAAUUCUCGCUUUACGAUGCCUCAAUUUUGGCCGCGUUGGAGCCAUUUCUUGCGCACAAGCAAGUUCCAAAUUCAGGCACGAAAAAGCUACACGCCUCUGAUCUCAAAUUCAGUCCCGACGGAAAUCAACUGCUUGUGACAACAAAUCGUGGAGUUUUCCUUCAUUUAGAUGCGUUUGAGGGCAAACUUUUGCAUUUUUUUAAGGAGCAUGCUUUGCUUAGAAGCCAGCGCGGCGAACUCCAACUCGGGUGUUGUUAUUCAGCUGAUGGUGCGUACGUACUAACCGGAUCAGAAGAUGGCCGAGUGUUUUUCUAUAAUAGCUCUUCCGGUCAGCAUGUGCACACUCUUCCCUCGGGUCACAAUGGCCCCUUGUUAGACUUACAGUGGAAUCCAAAGCGUCAUCUAAUAGCAAGUGCUGGAGGUAACUCAACCGUGUUAUGGUCAGCAGCUGGACUUUGA